AGCGGAAGUCCUUGUUCACACGCCGCGCGGAAAGGAUCCUGGGGGCCGGAAGGAGGUGGAAACUCCUGCCGCGGAGCAAUUCGCGGGCGAGCUGGCCUGGGAGGAGAGCGCGUGGCUGUUGGAAAAGGCGUGUUGCUGGAGCGCGUGGCGGUUCGCGGCGGUCGGAGGUUACCGAAGGCCUGACAUCGGUGUGGAACUUAAGCCCGUGAGUUAUGGUGGGGAGAUCCCGGCGGCGCGGAGCGGCCAAGUGGGCAGCUGUGCGAGCCCAGGCUGGUCCCGGCCCAGAGGACGAAAAUGAAGACGAUUCAGAAUUGCCACCCUCGCCUGGGGACUCCAGCUACUACCAAGAUAAGGUAGACGAUUUCCAUGAGGCCCGAUCCCGGGCUGCCUUGGCUAAAGGCUGGGGCGAAGUGGAGAGUGAGGAGGAGGAGGAGGACGGUGAUGAGGAGGAAGAGGUUCUACCCCUAGAUAUUGCUGAUGAGGACGAUGAAGAUGGAGAGAGCGCGGGGGAUGACGCGGAUGACGAUGGCGGGAGCUCCGUGCAGAGUGAGGCCGAGGUGUCCGUGGAUCCCAGUUUGUCAUGGGGUCAGAGGAAAAAACUUUACUAUGACACAGACUACGGUUCCAAGUCCCGACGCCGACAGAGUCAACAAGAAGUAGAGGAGGAGGAAAGAGAGGAGGAGGAGGAAGCGCAGCUCAUUCAGCGGCGUCUCGCGCAAGCCCUGGAAGAGGAUGACUUUGGGGUCACCUGGGUUGAGGCCUUUGCAAAACCAGCACCUCAGGUAGAUGAGGCUGAGACCCGCGUCGUGAAGGAUCUGGCGAAAGUUUCAGUGAAAGAGAAGCUGAAGAUGCUGCGGAAGGAGUCACCAGAGCUCUUGGAGCUUAUAGAAGACCUGAAGGUUAAGCUGACUGAAGUGAAGGAUGAGCUGGAGCCGCUGCUGCAGUUGGCGGAGCGAGGGGUCAUUCCACCCGGAAAGGGGAGCCAGUACCUGAGGACCAAGUACAACCUCUAUUUGAACUACUGCUCCAACAUCAGCUUUUAUUUGAUCCUGAAAGCCAGGAGAGUCCCCGCGCAUGGACACCCCGUCAUAGAGAGGCUUGUCACCUACCGCAAUUUGAUCAACAAACUGUCAGUUGUAGAUCAGAAGCUGUCUUCUGAAAUUCGUCAUCUGCUCACAUUUAAAGAUGAUGCUGGGAAGAAAGGACUAAAUUCGAGAGCAAAAUCCACCAAGGCCAAGCCAAAAUCCGUUUCAGAGACUACUGCUGCGGCCUCUGCUGUUGCAGCUACGUCUGAUGAUUCCGAUCUUGAUGAAGAAGCUGCGCUGAAAUUCUACAAGGAAAUAGAAGACAAGCAGAAGUUGAAGAGAAAGAAAGAAGAAAAUAGUGUUGACGAACAGACUCUUGAAGAUCAGAAUGCGAAGAGAGCCAUUACCUAUCAGAUCGCUAAAAAUAGAGGACUUACACCUAGAAGAAAGAAGAUCGACCGCAAUCCCAGAGUGAAACACCGGGAAAAGUUCAGAAGAGCCAAAAUCCGCAGGAGAGGGCAAGUUCGUGAAGUCCGGAGAGAAGAGCAGCGUUACACUGGUGAACUCUCUGGCAUUCGUGCGGGAGUUAAAAAGAGCAUUAAGCUUAAAUAACGUUUUCACUUAGCUUAAGUUCUUCGGCAAUAAUUUUAGAUCAAUAAAUUUUUAUCUUUAACUGGUGAAGUGAUUGGAUUGAUAUAUAAUACCUAACCUUAGAUUUAAAAAAUUCUUGUCAACAGGGAAAUUUGGUUUGUUCAAUUUUUUUGUUGUUCUUUAAUUUAUAUUGAAGUCAUACUAGGAAUUUGGGCAGCCAUACAAAAGUGCUGGUAAAAGGUGGUGUGGACCAGAGUUCUCCAAUAUUCUGUCAAGUAGUCGCCUAGGAAAGUUUCCUGGGUGGUGAAGGAACAACUGUCAAACUUAGAACACUUUUAUAAUUUUUCUUGUGAAGAGAAUGCAUCUUUGGAAUCAUCUUAUUUGUAAGAUGGCCUAUAAAAUAGUUCUGACAUAUUAAUUUCAUUUACCUGAGUGUAAUUCUUGAGCAGGAUACUUGUAACUAACAGGUCUAAUGUCAGCUUAAGGAUUUUGUACAUUCUGUGUGGUAAAAGCUUAGGAAUGAAGAGGAACUUUAGUUAAAGUAGAAAAAGACACGACUUAAUUACAUUAAUUGUGAACAUUUUCUUAUAGUCCUUAAUGUGAUAAAUAAGGUAAAAGUUUCAUUUUCAGUACUGUACUGGGGACUUCAACAGUUGCCGUUUGUACACUCGCAGAAAAUUUGGUAGGAUUACUGUGAGGUGAGUGACAAGUUCAGGUGGUAAAAAAGAACAAAAGUUACACCUUUCCUUAGUCAUUCUGGUCUUUAAAGUAGGAGGGAGAUGCUGAGAUGAUGAACUUGAAAAUAUUUGGGAUGAUGCCAGGGAAGAAAAUGACCAGCCUACUGAAGGAAAGUAUAAAAGAUGUUGUAACUAUGUCAGUGUUCAUUAGCUAUUGUUAAUUAAAUAUCUCUAGCUGUUAGAGAUACAAAGAUGAUCAGUGGUUAAUAUUUAUUAAACAAUCACCAUGUACCAGUUGUGCAUCACCUCAUCUAACCUUUAAUAGUAACUUUGUGAGGUGUGGUACUGUUUUAUAGAUUUCCCUUAGGAGGAUGCUGAAAUUCCAGGAGGUUAACUUUAUAAAGGACGCAGGCUUGGGAUUUGGACCUAAACCAUCUUAACUUGAGCCUUAUCUUAACCUCUGGUUUAAAGCUGCUUCCUCAGCAGCACACAUGUCAAAUUAUUUUAUCUUUUGUUUUCUUAUAAAGAGGUGGAUUGGAAAUAAAAGUCAAAAGUGCUAAGGUACUUCUGUAAGCACUUUAUUUAUACUUAACAUCCUUACUCCUCACAAUUUUGGUGCAGUAAUAUCUAUUAGCCAUAUUGUAAAGAUGAGGAAGCUAAAAGAAAAAAUAGCUUUAAAGGUCAUGUAGCUAUUAAGUAGAGUCAGGAUUUCAAUCCAGCCUUUCUGGCAUUCCUUUCCUGAUACAUUAGGAAAAGUACAAGUUUUGCUAUUAACUUACUCGGGUGCUUUUGAGUUAAUUACUUGAUUUCCAACUCAUUUUCUUUAUGGUACAACUGUACCUACCUUGGAGAGGUGAUGUAACAAUGGUUAAGAGCUCUGAGACAAUAGAAAGUAUGUGUUUUGGUUCUGCCCCCAAUUCUUGGCACAGAACUCCUAAACCCUUGUUAAUUCCUAAGUGAUAAGAGCACUCAGAGCAUUUUUUUGUUCUAAUGAGGUGACUGGGUGGGCUCCUGCUUGGCUCUGGAAUGGGGGCUGGUGCCCAGAAAGUUCAGGCCACAAUUAAAAGCUUGGAAUUUUCAGCCCUACCCCCAUUCAACAGAAAGGGGAGAGAGGCUGGAAAUGGAAUUACUGAUUGAUUAUGCGUAUGUGAGAAAGCCUUCAUAAAAUCCCCAACAGUGUGAGGUUCAGGGAUCUUCCAGAUUGGUGAAUGCAUCCACACGGACAGGGUGAUGCACUCCAUGGGGACAGCAUCUUCUGUGCUCGGCACCCUCCCAUACUUCACCAAAUGCAUCUCUUCGUCUGACUUCACCUGUAUACUCAUAUCCUUUAACAGGCUGGUAAACGUUAAGUAAGUGUUUCCAUGAGUUCUAUGAGCCACUCUAGCCAAUUAAUUGGACCCAGGGAGGGGGUUGUGAGAACCUCAGAUUUGCAGCUGAUGGGGCAGAAGCACAGGUUAACAGCUUGAACUGUCCAGGUAGAGAAUGUCAGAAUUUAGUUAAAUUGUACAAUACCCAGCCAGUGUGACAAUUGCUAGGGGGAGGAGAGGGGCUCACAUCUGGUGUUAAGAAAUACUGUGAGUGUGGUACUAUAAAAGAAAGAGGUGUAAAACAGUUUUCCCAAUUCGAGAGCAGACUAGACUCCCCGGGUUCGUAACCCAUUUCCAUCACUUAGUCUAUGAGUUGGGGUACAUCUCUCUGUUCCUUAGUUUUUUUUUCAUCUAAACUGGGAGAAUUAGUAGCAGUGUCUGCUUUGUAGAGUUUUUGUGA